AAUUUCAAAAAUGCACUGCGUAUACGACAACUGCACUUCCAACCCUAAUGGCUACCGCAACAAUAGGUCGCUUCGUAGACAUAUCAGAGAUGUUCAUGGCUAUUCAAUUGAAGUCUCUACAAGUAGCAGGGCAUACCAAGAUGCUGACGACACUUGCGUAUUUCCAUCUUGCUAGUAUAAUACAGACGACCAAGAGGCGUACAAGGAGCAUCUAAUGAAUGCGCAUGAUUUUCCUAUAUCUCUCGGCAACCAACCUUCGGAGUUGGCAGGAGUGGACGAGCAACCGUCAGCUCAGGAGGACAUAACUGCGGGACUGCUCGCUUCAAGCCCUAUGACUUUAACUGAUGAACCUUCAGCUUCUUCUUCUGUGAUGGCGGAAUUGUCAGCUUCUGCCCCUGUUAUCGCGGAACCAUCAACUUCAGUCCUUGUGAUUGUGGAACCAUCAGUUUCAGAUGAUAUAGUUACGGAGCCACCAGCUUUAGCUUAUAAUCUUGCGGAGUCGGUAGCCUCGAGUUCUUUAAUCAAUUACGAAGCAACUACAUACUCUACAUCAUUAGGACCUUUGAACACGACUGUUUCACAGGAAAGAGAUUCCGGUGAGGUUACCGAAAAUAGUUCUUCCCAGCGUGAAGAUAGAAAAAGUCAAAGAUUGGUUACCCCGAGGCUUUCUAUAAACCAAGAGAAUGAAACCGCGAUCCCUUCAUGGGUUGAUAUGGUUGGCACUCUUAAUGAACCCGAUAUGUUUGGCACCCUCAAUGAACCCGAUAUGGUUCGCACCCUUGAUGGACCCAACUUAAUGAGAGCUGAAUUGUAUACAUUGGAAAGUAUGGUCCUCUUCGGAAUAGCUGGCGCCGUAAGCGAAGAAAUGGAGGAGAAAUUUGCUUCCAACCGAGAAGAUAAUCUUAGUCGCUUGAGCCUUAAUGCCAUACCAAAUGCCAUGGAAUAUCUGAAAAGAGUGUUGAAGGCUGAAAAUCCAUCAGAAGCUAUUGCUAGGUGCGUCGAGGAAAUCGACGUUUCAACUUACAAUGGCCAGUUCCUUGCGAUCAUGCAAGGAACCCUUAAUGACUUCUGUACAAUGAGGCGGACCAAAACCAAUUUCAAGUACCCUGACGAUCACGAAAGGACGUAUUGGAUUGACUCCGUUGCCCCCAUGUUCAAGUAUUUUAGUACGAUUACCGAUCUGGUUUCGUUCAUUUGGGGUGAAACGGUUACUAUGCGUAUUGACUUUGCUUCAUAUUUCGACGACAUCGAAGGUCUUGAUCCGGAUCACUAUGUGGAUGGCCUUGGUGAAAGUGAAUACGGAAAAUGUAUAGUGAUGGAGGCCUCUGGCGAUUCCCUUCCAGAGGAUGACCUUAACACAAUGGAUGACACAGCGAAGCUGCUCCAAACCGCGAUUGGAAUACUGACAGACUAUCAAGUAGAUUGCAAGUACGCCGCCUCUUUUUCAACUUUUACCAAGCUGCAAAUCUUGACAGUUCGCAGUUUCAAGGACAGUAUGACGCUUUAUGGCGUAUCCGUCACAGCUGAGAAGAAGAUGUACGAGUAUCUUACGCUAAGAACGGCCAGAAUUCCUGUUUUCUGGGAGCAUCGUGAAGACUGGUAUAGCAUGUUUGAACUACUUGCUGUUGUGAUGGCAAUUUUACAAGAACAGGAGCAGGUCCACCUUCAACUCUUGGAAGAAAUGCGACAUGAAGUCGUUCCAAGUGUGGCAGGUCCACCCUAA